GCAACACAUAAAAAAAUAAAAAAGUCAAACAAUCGACAAUCAAUCCGCAGCUAUGAACAGUUGGAUAUUUUGGAAAAAUAUAAAAUUACUUUGCGUUUUUUGUACCCCAUUGCUCUUUUGUUGUAUUUACGUUUAUAUUUUGUACCAACGAUACAUAGUCCGGAGAGGUAGAGGGCAAAUUAGAUUUUUCUAAUAGGUUAGAAAAAAAGUGUUUUAUAUUUUCGCUUAGUAGUGAGAUUUUCGUUAAGAAUAGUAUCGCAAACGCCUCAUUCUUUGUCUAGCUCAUGUAAAGGUUUAACACACAGGACUGUAGGCAACGUAAAAUGGAAGACCAACCCAAGGAAUCUUUAGCAGCACAAAAUGCCGAAAACACAAAGGGUGACAUAUUGGCUGGCGAUAUUCCGAAAGCCGGUGAUGAUUUAAACGAUCCUGUUGCUUCUAAAAUUGAUGGCAGUGGCGAUGCACUUAAGGAAACAUCAGAUGAGGUGACCACACUAUCUAUGGAGAGUGAAGACACUGUUGACCCAUCAAAGGCUACUCCAAAUAAGGCUUCAGAACCUGUACCUGAAGGUCAUGAUAAUGUUUGUUCACCCAAAACCGUAGAUGCCGCAUCAGACCUUCAGAAACCGAAGCCUUUUGAUAUGAAAAGCUUUAAUAACGAAACUGAACUGAAUAGUGAAGACAUAGAACUGAAAUGGGAUGAUGAUGAGGAUGGAGAUAAUGUAGUUGAUGACAAAACUCCAGGACUGAUUGAAAAACUUAAUUUAAUAGAUGACAAAAUCUCCAACAAAGAUGAUUAUUUGGAUAAGGCUGCUGAUACAACACCUAUGGAUGUAGAUGAAACAGAAAAGGAAGAGGUAUUGCCACCUGAGGCAUUAGAUAGUAAAAUAAAACUGCCGGAACAUACUGAAACAGCCAUUACUGAUGCCAAAGUGGAAACUAACAGUAAUAGACAGACUGAUGAGAGUGAUGGUAAAAUAGAUACUCCUGUUGCAUCCACAGAUGAUGUUGAAAUGGAUUCUUCUAAUAUAAGUAGUUUUGUCAAAGAAUCUAUUAAUAAAGAACUAGAAGAUAAAGUACUUGAUGCUGAAACUAGUGAUAGUGUCAAUAUGACUGAAAAAAUGGAAACUGACCUUGUAAAUGAUGAACUGUCAUCUACAUCAAUUUUAGAACACAAAAAUACCAAUGAUGACAACAUAAAGACAAUGAUAGAAAAUGAAGUAAAUACUAUGAUGUCACCAACUGAAAAGAAUGAUGAUGGCGCUCCAUCUAUUGAUACCACUUUACUUCAUAAAACAUCCAUUGGCACUGUAAGUUUAGAAGGUCAGUCAAUUCCUAGUGAUGAUCCAGGUUCUAAAAUAAUAUGUGAAAGUACAGUUGCUACGGUUGAAAACCUUCAGAAAGAUAUGCCUGAACCAUUCAUCAGCAAAGAUAUUGAUGAUCCAUCAGUUGAAACUCCUGAACCAUCUAAAGCUCAAUCUGAUGACAUUGAUACAACUACAGAUACAGCAGAAAAUGUUGCUUUGUCUACAGAAAUAUCAGAAAAUGCUGUGAGUAUAAGUACAUUGGAAAAUCCUAUUGAUUCUAGUGACACAAUAAAGAAUGUUGACUUAGUUCCAUCAGAAGUAUCAGCAACUAAUGUUAAUUCUUCUGUCAAGAAAGAAAAUAGUAAUGAAAAAGAAUUUGUUGACGCUACUCACACUAAAAAGGAGAUAGAAAAUCUCUCUCCCACAGCAAAAGAUGUAGAAGAGUGCAAAAAUAUGGGACCAAUUGCAACAUUAGAUGAAGUCAAGGAUGUCAACAAAGGUUUUGCUCUACAAAGUUCGAAAACUAUGAUGGAACCGAAAGAGACUGUAACUAACACAGAACCAAUAACUUCUGAAGAGGAAAAAAUAGAAGUUGAUACAGCAAAGGCCAAUGCAGCUAAUGAUAUCACUGACACAGUACAAAACACAAUGGAAAUUGACACUCCAGCUCCAGCAGUUGAACCAAAACCAUCUAAAUCAAAAGCUGAAGAUGAGUCUAUUGAACCACAAGACAUUAAAACAGAAUGUCCAGAACCAGUAAAAGACUCAAACCCAGCUGAUUUUGACCCAUCAUCAUCAAAUGAAGGUCAGUUAGACGAGUCUGAUGAGAUACAGGAAAUGGCGGAUAGUCUCGGACUGUUGGCUGAGUCAUCAAGGAUCAUGGAUGAUGAAGAGGAUGAAGAAGAGGAUGCGGAUGAUGACGAUGAUGCUGAUGCUGAUGAAGACCAAGAUGAUGAAAGCAACCUAAUGACAGCCGAACAGUCAGAGGACUCAAACAAUGCUCAAACUUCCGAAACAGAUGCCCCAAAAGACGCCACAGCUGAUAUUGACAUAUCAGAGAACAGCUUUGCUGGUAAAAUUGUGCAGAAAGAGACAGAGGUAGCCGUGGAAGCUGAGGAGAAAGAGAGAGAUAUAGCAGAAGAAGCAGGAGAGACAGAGACAGAUGUAGCAGAGGACACAGAGGCAGAUAUAGCGGAGGAAGCAGACGGAGAUAUAGGAGAGAGUGAGAUAGCAGCAGCAGAUGAUGUGAUAGAAGAUGCAGCGGAGGCUGAGGUUAAAGAUGCUGAGUUGGAUGUGGAUAUUGACGAUGUGGUUGUUGAGGAGAUAGAAAUUGUUGGGAAGCCACUAACCCCAGUAGAAGAGGCAACGCCAGUCAUAGCGGCAGUAGAACCAGUGGUCGAAGCCUCAGACGUUAACCCACCCGCGCAGGAAGGGGUCUCGUCGGUGCAACUGUCUGAACUGUCUGCUGACACCAGCUGGGACUCCGUAUCGGAUCGGGAGAAGAAUACGAUACUUAAAAGACUGUUGGAUAAAGAUAGUGUGGCACCACCCCUCAAGACUCUAGAUCUGACAUCCGACACGGAAUCACCAAGAAAGACGAGGUCUACAAGCAAAGCAGAGAAGAAGACUGAAGUAUUGGAACCGGACAAUAUCGUCAACAUUGUGGACUUCGGAGAGAUAUCUUCUGAGGAUGACAUCCAAGAAGUCAACCAAGAGCAAUCCAAACUCGACUCUUCGCCGACGAAAGAAGACCCAAAUUCGAGUGUGACGUCCGUGAACAUCCCUAAAGACCUGGACAUCAUCAGUGCAGCAUCAGGGAACACCUCGCAAAUUGUGGAGAAGGAUGGGGAGACCAUUAUAAAGGGUGUGCCGAAGCCUGCGCCGCCCAAAAUGGCUCGACUGAACACGAGCGAGAUAUCAAUAAAGACCACCACUGCAUCUGCUGAGCCCAAUAUUGUCAUCCCAGAAACUACGCUAAACGGGUCUAAAGCGGCAGAAAAAUCCAAGUUUGGUCUCGAAGUGUUCAGUUUGGACUCUGAUGAAGAGGAGGAAGCUGUCAAAGAGAACACGGACAAGCCGUCCGACCGUGGCGCGGGCCGCUGCAUCAACCCGCUGUGUCCGGAGACAUGUCGCGACAAGAUCGUGGCUGAUGCUGGUACGCUCAGAUACUACGACAUCGAACGUAAGAGGAAGGCGAUGGUUUGUCAAGAUUGCGCAGACGUGGUGGCUCUACGACUUCAGGGUCUGAUCUCCGGCGUGAGGUCCUCUCGCGGGCUGCUGCAGCUGCCCAUGUCGCGGCCAGAGCAGCAGCUCGUGGAGAUAUCCGACUCUGAGGAGGAGGAGGAGGAGGCGCCGCGGCCCCCGCCCCUGGGCGCCGCCGCCGCCGGAUUCCUUGAAGCACACCUGGCGGACAUGAUCAACCAGACGUGGCACAAGUACGACCUGGACGAGCGCCUGCUGGACGCCCGCGCCGAGAUCGAGAUGGAGCUCGAGCAUUUAGAGGAGGAGCGUAAAGAGAUCGACGCGAUGCUGAACGACUGCCAGGCGGCGACGGAUGCGCUGCGCAACGAACUAUACGCGACUUUCACCCCGCGAACGCAGGCUCUGCCGCCCAUCGACAUUAUAGACACGCCUUUUGCACAGUAUGCGGCGCUGUCGGAUGAUGAUAUCAAAAUUAAUCAAAAUGAAAAUGAGGUCCGAAGGUCGAAGCGGCCUCGACCAGCCUCCAUCGCCAAUAAACAAGAGAGAAUGUCUACUGAUGUCAAGAGCGAGUCGUCCGCUGAUCAACAAUUCGACAAUUCAUCCAAAAUGGAUGACGAUAACACAGACAUCAAAGUGGUCAAGCUCUCCGCGGAAGCGGCCCCGGCCGGGCUGCCCGCCGCCGGGGAGCUGGUCCGUCCGGCCCUCGCCCCGGGGCAGGUGGUGCUCGCCAUGAGACACGCCUUCGGCUCCUGGAUGAGGGCCAGCGUGCUUGAGGUGUCUUCCAAGGCCCAAUUCUCUGUGUGCAAAGUCCGCUUCGAGCAUAAAGUGAAGAACGCUGUGGUUUCCAUCACAGCCAGGCACCUCGCUUACGCCGACCCGGCGCCCGUCAGACUUACUAUCGGUACUCGAGUGGUGGCCCUGUUCAGCGACGUUUCUGACUCGACGAAGCGAAAGUCUUUCUACUCCGGAGUCAUCGCAGAGAUGCCUAACCCCGUCAACAGUUACAGAUACCUGGUGUUCUUCGACGACGGCUACGCGCAGUACGUGUCUCACGGCGACGUGCGCGUCGUGUGCGAGUGUUCGUCAUUAGUGUGGGAAGAGGUGCACCCGUUCUCCCGUGAGUUCGUGCGCCAGUACCUGCGCGCCUACCCCGAGCGGCCCAUGGUGCGGCUGCACGAGGGGCAGAGCCUCAAGACUGAGUGGAACGGAAAAUGGUGGAUCUCCAAAGUCCUCAAAACCGACGCUUCCCUGGUCCAAGUGUACUUCGAAGCGGACAACAGAAGCGAGUGGAUCUACCGAGGGUCCACCAGACUCGCCCCACUGUACCUGGAGCUGCAGGCGGCUGAGAGGCCAAGGAACAGACCCCUGCCGAGGUCCACGCAGAAUAGGGGGAUUGAAAAGCAAAACAUGCCUUACGUGGAGUAUACACGCACGGAGGAGCAGGAACAGAACAAAGCGGACGCACAGACUCAGCAGCAACAACAAGAGGAGUACAUCAAACGCCAGCGCGCGGUGGCCAAGAAGUCGACAGCUCUGCCGACGCCGCCGCCGAAGCACCCACAGCCACUCGACAAUGUCAUGAGCAGAGUCGUGUACUACACCCCCAAAGCGGCCGUGAAACCCCUAAAGAUGGUGCCCCAUUCGUGCGGCCCCUCGUGCCGGCGCGCCGACGUGCUGCCUCUUCGAGAACUGCGCACCUACAACCCGCUGGCGCGCCCGCUGCUCAGCGGCUGGGAGCGGCAAAUAGUCCGCUACAAGGGUCGCAAAGAAGUCAUGUACAGAGCCCCCUGCGGCCGCCGUCUGCGCGACAUGAGAGAGUUACACGCCUACUUACGAGCUACACAGUCGGACAUGACUGUAGAUUUGUUCCACUUCGGAGCCGGCACUCACUGUCUUGCAGAGUUUCUGCUGACCCGGUGUAUUGUUAGCAAGAAGGACCUCUCUCACGGCAAAGAAAACGUGCCCGUCCCGUGUGUGAACUACUACGACAACUCUCUCCCGGAGUUCUGUUCGUACAACACGGAGCGCACGCCGACGGCUGGGGUGCCGCUGAACCUGGACCCCGAGUUCCUGUGCGGCUGCGAUUGUACCGAUGAUUGCCAGGACAAGAGCAAGUGCGCGUGCUGGAAGCUGACGCUAGAUGGCGCUAAGACUAUCGGCAUGGACGAUGACGCGGGAUACGUGUACAGACGAUUGCUGGAUCCGGUGCCAUCGGGGAUCUAUGAGUGUAAUUCCAGAUGUAAGUGCAAACACACCUGUCUCAACCGAGUGGCGCAGCAUCCGCUACAGUUGAAGUUACAAGUAUUCAAAACCCAAAACCGGGGAUGGGGCAUCCGCGCUCUAAAUGACGUGCCUAAAGGAGCCUUCCUGUGUGUGUAUGCAGGCAAUCUACUCACCGACGCUACGGCCAAUUUGGACGGUCUAAACGAGGGCGACGAGUAUCUAGCGGAGCUGGACUACAUCGAGGUGGUGGAACAGAUGAAAGAAGGAUAUGAAGAAGAUGUUCCAGAUAAGGACAAGGAGUUGGACAAGAACGCAAACGAAGACAGCGAAGAAGACGAAUCGACCGAAUCGGACUCGGAGGAGAGACGGGAGAAGAACGACGAGCAGGACGACGACUUCCGGCCCGCGUACGACAUCCCGCAGCCAAGGGGGCCGCUGCUGUUCAAUAAGAGUCUCCGUAAGCGCGACAAGAAGAACAAGAAGGAGAAAGAGGGAUCCCCCGCGGCGGAGAAGAAGAAGCAAGGAGGAGACUGCAUCACUAUCAGUGAUGAUGAGGAAGUGAGAGAACCGCAAAGGUUUGCUGCCCAAGCAGGCAUGGGUGGCAAUGACUUCAAAUCGAAACAUAGGUCUGUUCGCGCGCAUUUCGGCAAAGAUGAGGCGUGCUACAUCAUGGACGCGAAGGUGCAGGGCAACAUCGGCAGAUAUCUUAAUCACUCCUGCCAACCAAAUGUCUUCGUGCAAAACGUAUUUGUCGACACCCACGACCCGCGUUUCCCGUGGGUCGCCUUCUUUGCACUAUCCGACAUCCGGUCCGGGACGGAGCUCACGUGGAACUAUAAUUAUGAUGUAGGGUCUGUGCCCGGGAAGACGCUGUAUUGUUACUGUGGCGCACCCAACUGUAGGGGACGGCUGCUGUAG